AUGGCGCUGCCGCCAAAGUUCUCCGGGCAAUUGCUCGCUUCCAGCUCGACCAAUGAAGCAAAGCAUACCAUCGAACUGUAUCUAGACUAUGUCUGCCCCUUCUCCGCCAAAUUGUUCAAGACCUUCAACAAGAGCGUUGUGCCUUUGAUCGAGAAGAAGUACACUUCUCCGGGCAUCCGGGUCAUCCUCCGUCAACAGAUCCAGCCGUGGCAUCCAAGUUCGACACUCGUCCAUGAAGCCGGCGCUGCCGUUUUGCAAACAGCACCAAAGUCCUUCUGGGCCUUUUCCGAGAAACUCUUCGAGCAGCAGAACGAUUACUUCGACGUCAAUGUGGUCAACGAAACCCGAAACAACACGUACAAGCGACUGGCCAAGCUGGCGGGAUCGGUGGACGGCGUCGACGAGAAGAAGAUUCUCGACUUGCUUCUAGUGCCAGACAAGCCGGCAGCCGAUGGCAGCCUGAACAUCGGCAACAAAGUGACCAACGAUAUCAAGUUCAUGGUCAAGGCGAACAGAUUGACCGGCGUCCAUGUCACUCCGACGGUCUUGUUCAACGGGGUCGAAGAGCGCAGUAUCAGCUCUAGCUGGACGGCGGAACAAUGGGAAGAAUGGCUGCAGAAGAACGCGACAUAG